AUGCUCUUCGUUCCAACGGGCAAGUUCCAGGUGACCUUCAGCUCCUCGCCUGUCCCUCUGAGUGCAGGUGACUACUUGGUAACAGCUUUGCCAGACCUCAAUGAGAUUUGGGUGAGCAAACAUUCAGUCAUCUAUGAGGAUGGUGGUCAGCUCUCAAAGUCCUAUGGAGCUCGCUCGCAGGCGGAGAUGUGCGAGCAUUUCAUACCCAUUUUGAGGCAGAAAGGACGUGUGCUAGAACGAAAAGGCAAGAGGCUUGCGCGGCCAGCAGUAAAGGGUGAGGAGGUCUUAACAAUUGUUAAUGGAGAAAUCAUGGCGAGGACCUUUGUCACGGAUGAGACCAGCAUGGUUGUGCGCCAGGAGUCUGCAGAUCACGAACUUUAUGUCCUCACUCAAGAGAAGUUUGAACGCAAUUAUGAUGAGACAGCAGAGGAUGUGGAGGAGACCGAGACAGGCUACAAGGAGUUCCGGGAGCGCGGUUUCAAACCCUACUGGCGGAAGGGCAAGGUGAUCAUUUAUGAAGUGACGGAUGAGGAUAUGGCCUUCCUGCCUGGUGGCAAGUUUUACACUGCCUUCAGCCCCAUCCCAGUUGCAAUCAGGCCAGGAUAUUUGCUGAUCACAGACUAUUCCACUUCUUACAAUGAGGUGCCUUAUUCAGAACGAUGGGCAGACGAACUGGCGAUGAUCAUGGCUGACAAGAACUCGACUUCAUACUUCGUCCAAACAAAGGGCGGAGCUAUCCCACUUGUCGCUGGUGGUCAGCCGGGGGAGCUGUCCAGAGCCCCUACGAGCGAUGACUUUCCCCUGUUUGUCAUCUCCAAGGAAGCUGAGAUUUGGACGAUCAGCCGGAAUGCUGCAGUCUACAGUGAUGAUGGGCAAUUUCAAGGUCCUGGUGUUCGCUCCCAGGAAGAGAUGCGCGAGCACUUCUUGCCCUUGAUGAGGCAACGAGGCAUGAAGAUGCGACGUGCAGGUCGGCGCUUAGCGCGUCCUGCCAGGCGUGGGGAAGAAGUACUGACAAUCAUCAACGGGGAGGUAGUUGCUAAGACAGUGGUGUUGGAUGACUCCAGUAUGGUGGUGCAGGAGGACUCGGUGGAUCAUGAG